UGCAAUACAAGAAAAUAUAAGGAAAUGUUUUGACAUUAAAACUAAAGUUAUUUUUAUGACAUUUUUAAUUGCAUUUUGUUAUCAUUUCAUAGUAUUUAUGACAAUAUAUAAUAAGAUAUGACUUAUAAUCCGUUGAUCCCAUACUGCGAUCGCAUCGGUCACGCGUUAGGGACGGGAACACUGAUCCGCAUCGCCGGCACUCCGAGUCCGUCGUGUCGUUGUUUCGCCAUUAACUUGCAAUGCGGGCCAUCCGUUAACCCGCGCGACGACAUCGCCCUCCACUUGAGCCCUGUCUUCACUCCACCGCCACGUGUUGUCCGCAAUUCACUGCAGACUCAGCGCUGGGGACCCGAAGAGAGUUUCGGCGGCUUUCCCUUCAUCGGUGGCCAACCCUUUGAGACAAUGAUUUUGAUAGAUUACGAUCACUUCAAGAUCGCCAUCAAUGGCUCGCAUUUCACUGAAUUUCGAUACAGAAUACCAUUACAACGGAUCACUCAUCUGGCCAUCGAUGGGGACGUAGCCAUCGCUUCCAUCACAUACGAGGGCACAUCACAGCCGGCGUACGCCCCGCCGCCUCCCUCUGCGCCUCAUAUCCCUCCGUAUCCGAUGAGUGGAGCGCAACAGUCAAUGCCGGCGUACGCGCCCUCCUAUGCAACGGGUGCUCCCUAUCAGUCGCAACCGUACGCCAGUCCUAACGCUCCCGUUUAUCCAACCGGUGGUUACCCGCAAGCGUCGUAUCCGACCGCCGGAUAUCCCAAUCCCGGUUACCCAACGCCUGGAUAUCCGCAUUCUCCGAGUGGUCAAAACAAAGGCAUAUUAGGCGGUGCUUUGGGCGGAACUUUAGGUGGUUUGGCCGCAACCGCCGCCGCCUCUGGUAUUGGAUCCGCUAUUUUAGGCAAAACUAUGGGAAAGCAUCACAAAAACAAACACUCGAGUCCUAUACCCAUCGCUGGUUUGGCUGCGGGCGCCGGUGCCGCAGCUCUGGGCGCGGCUGUGCUUACAGGACACCAUCCCUUUAAAAAAGCGAAGAAAAUGUUUAAACACAAGGGAUUUAAACACAAAUGGCAUAAACCAAAGUUCGGCAAAUGGAAACACAAGGGCUGGAGUUCGGGUAGCAGUUCUGAAGAGGAAUAAUAUGCUAAUCAUAUUUGA